AUUCGGCCAAUCUACCCUUUUUCAAAAUUUUGGGAGAACUUUGUCAUGUCUGGUUUUCGGUGGGGUACCCUGCCCCACCUUUUCUAUAUACUUAUUCUCACAGUUUACUAGAUGGUCCCUGCCUAGGAGCGGAGAAUUUAGAUACCUGUUGGUCAAAACAAAAAAUUCGAAAUUUAUCUAUCCGAAAUUAUUCUUAUAUCAGUGUUUAUAUUCCCUACUCUUAAUGAAAAACAAUGGUGGGGAUUAAAAAAAACGCAGUGAUAAAGUUCUAUGUACGUUUACAGGAAUUGUAUUUUCAUAUCAGAACAAAUAAGGGCACAUUUUUAAUCCCAAAAUUUCAACUAUAUCUCAAGGCUUCACGGGCCAUUUUCUUAUAUUUAAUCUUCUAUACGAGGGCGUAAUAGCGUAUAAUGGAGUAAUAGCUCCUGGCUAUUGCGGCCCAAUUAUGCAUAAAGCAGUUUAGAGUAAGACAUACAAUUGUUGAGUACAAUAUUUUAAGAGAAUACGUAAAACUCCUUCAGAAGCUGUCGUUAAGAGACAUUAGAUAAAUACUCUCAUUCAAUACACUGUUUUAAUUUGAAUCGAGUGAUAAAUGUCUUCCCAAGUUGGAAAUGGGGCAUAAAAUAAGGAAAAUUUGCUGUUUUGAGAGUGUCAAAAUAUUUGCAGAUGAUCACUGGCAAAGGGAAUUAUGGAUCACAAACCAUGGCAAGUGUCAACAACAUAUUUAUCCAGGAUUGCUCAGAUAGCGGGAAUCCUCAGAUUGCCUCCGAUAUUGGGACUGUAAUAAAGAAUGAAAGUAUCGUGAAUGCUGCAGUAGGAGUUACCGAAAACUCUGAUAAUGGAAAACUUCCAGAUAUUGUGGCCGAGACCACAAGGACUGGCCAAGAAGUCGAGAUGGAGGAGACUUAUCUUUCCAUUGCAGUACAAGUUUUCAUUCCAUUUCUUAUCGCCGGCUUCGGUAUGGUUUUUGCUGGGUUGGUUCUAGAUCGCAUUCAGCAUUGGCCUGUUUUUGAGGAAAUCACGGAAUUAGUUAUUUUGAUACCUGCGUUAUUAGGCCUAAAAGGAAAUUUGGAAAUGACUCUGGCAUCAAGGUUAUCUACUCAAGCAAAUCUUGGUCAUAUGGAUACUGCAAGACAAAAAUUCUCAAUAAUUGUGGGAAAUCUCACACUAAUCCAGUGCCAAGCAAUUGUGGUUGGAUUUCUUGGUGCCGUUGUUGCAGUUGUGAUGGGGGGUAUAAAGAGCAACGAUGUUGAAUUAGAUCAUGCCUAUUUAUUAUGUGCUAGUAGUUUAGUAACGGUUUCCAUAGCCAGCUUCGUUUUAGGCUUGAUUACAGCAGGUGUAAUUGUAUUAUCCAGAUAUGUUCACAUCAAUCCGGAUAACGUAGCAACUCCGAUCGCUGCCAGUCUCGGAGAUAUUACUUCGUUAACUCUACUUUCGUUGGUCUCUACAGUUUUGUACGAAUCAAUUGGAACCCAAGAUUGGCUAGCUCCUGUAAUCAUAGCGGGUUAUAUUCUAGCCAUACCAAUGUGGGUGUGGAUAGCCAAGAAAAAUUUAGCUACAAGGGACGUUUUAUACCAUGGAUGGACCCCAGUCGUCGGUGCCAUGCUCAUUAGUUCCAUGGGAGGGUUGAUUUUGGAUUUUAUGGUUUCGAGAUUUGAGGGAAUUGCAGUUUUCCAACCGGUCAUCAAUGGAGUUGGAGGAAACCUCGUAGCAGUCCAAGCUAGCAGAAUUUCGACUGCUCUGCAUAAGCAAGCACAGCUCGGUUUCUUGCAGAGUGAAAACGAGGAUGAAGAAGCGGUCAUAUUCAUAUCUCCUGUUAACUCUUUUUGCGGCAAAGGAGUCCAUUCUAGAACGACCAGGGUGUUGAUGGCGAUGGUUUUACCGGGACAUAUUAUUUUCAUUUAUACAAUUGAUUACAUGAAGGAUGGUGACACGUCGUUGAGUACUUGGUUUGUCUUUGUAUAUUUACUCGCAGCAACCAUGCAAGUAGCCACACUUCUGUAUGUGGCGUAUAUUAUGAUUCACUGGAUGUGGAAGAAAAAAAUCGACCCAGACAACUCAGCAAUACCGUAUUUAACUUCUUUCGGAGACCUUCUUGGUAUUUCGUUACUAGCAAUAGCUUUUCAGUUUCUUUAUCUGAUAUCUGAUCAUGAUGCAAGACCUGGUAGUAAUUUGAGAUGAAGUUCUUCAGUAGCUUUUUUCGCCUAAAACAGAAAGGAAUGACAGAUCUACCAAACUAACGAGGAGACUGAAAAUCAACAAUAUGCAGUUUUAUACUUUUGAAAGAAAAAUAAUCCUAUGAAUUUUACAACCCAACGGCAUUAUUGAUAAAAACUGAACUGUCAGUUUUUGAAAAAGAUUACAUAAGUUCUCACGGUGGUUUUCAGUAUCUCGAAGCUGUUUCGAUUUCAUUCAGCAAAUCGAAAUGGAUGAUUGUUAUUAUCUCAUACCCAUAAAACGUGCCAUGGAUUCUAUUUUUCAGUAUAAGUAUAUCAUAUAUCUCACAUAAUACCUAAUUCACAAAACAUAUCAAUAGUUUUCCGAUGAAACUGUUUUGUGAGGAAAAAGCCAAAUGUUCAAUUUAAAAAGGAAACAUACACACUAUGGACGGAAUGGUUUUACAUAUUUGAAUAUUUCCUUUGAUUAAUGACUUUCUGAAUUUUUUCACGUGAAAUGAAUAUAGAAAACGUGUUAUUUGAAUCGUUCCCAAAUUGUCUACAUCAACAAAUGGAAUAAAUAUACAGUAGUAAUAUUAUCUACCACCAAUCUAUAUCGAACUUAAAGGAAUAGGUACAUAUUUUUUGGACGGGGUUUUGCAGAGAAAUGGUUUUGGCGAAUUUAGUGCCUUCGAGUUCGUUUAUUCCUCCUAUUAAUUUCAACUUGGUGUUUUAUAAGGGCUUCAUGCAAAGUCAACCUGUACAUAAAUAGAAAAAUUAAGCGUAAUUUUUUCUCCGCUGAUCCCGGAUGAGAUUUCAACAUUCAAGUGAAUAUGUAAUGUAAUAAAAUGGCGACUUGUGUUAAAUUAAUUUCCCAAAUAAAAAAUGUUCCUUCUGAUUGAACAGUAUAUAUGUUGAUAAUAAUAUAGUAACUAGUCUUCAGCAA